CGUUAGCUGGACGUGAUGUUGGCCGCAAGGGCGCCACGGCAUAAAGACCACAUUAAGACCAAACGACCAAAAAGAGAACAAAGCCAAAAGCCUGAAGGCAUUGCCCAUUGCCGCUGAAACAACAAGUACCUAACUGUGUGUGCGUGUGCGUGAGUGUGUGUGUGUGCGAGUGCGAGUGCAAGUGCAAGUGCAACUACAAGUGUGCAAGUGUGUUGAUGGCUAUCAAAGUGCAGCAUAGCUAAAAAGUAUGCUUUAGAAUUCUAUUAACGCGCGCGCAACGUGGACGUUUCGUGAAGUUCUUGACGCGGCUUUCGUGACCCCACCAAAACAAGAAAGUAAUAAAAAUACAAAUAAACACUUGUACAUAUAUACAUACAUACAUACAUAUGUAUAGAUUACGUACAACCCUUUUUUUCGAGCUGAAUAAUUAAUGCAAUCAAGCCAUUUGAAGUCCCGUUUCAAGUGUCGUGUUAGCGCGCGCGCGCGUGCUCUCUCUCCGGUUUCAAAACGAUUUCGAAAAUGAACGAAACAAAAAACUGAACAAACUUGACAGAGCAACGGCAACCAAGCGAAUUUCUUUCAUUUCCUGACGUCAACUGACAGGCGCAACGAACUCAACUUUAAACUUAGCUCUUAACUCUUAACUCUUAACGCCAGACCAAGCAAACCGCAAGAAAAAACAGGAAGCAACUACAACUAUAACUGUAACUCUACUACAUACAUAUAUAUAUAUAUAUAGACAUACAUAUAUAUAAAUAUUUUUCUAGAUGCAGCUUAGUACAUAUAUUUAGCGCAAACAUACAUAGCUAUAGGUAUAUAUCUAUUUGAGCAUAUAUGUUUAUAAAUCUUUAGCGCUAACGGGCAAACAGAAUUCCAAUCAUAAAUUAACGUAAUAAAAAAAAAGAAAGAAAGGAAAAUUGCGGCGCUUGACUUUUCCAACGAAUUUUCAAACAACAAAAAGAGAGAAAAUUGAAAAUACAAAUUGUGUCUGCAGACCAAGAAAGCACGAAAAGCGCAAAAAAAAAAACUAAUAAUAAUAUUUUUCACACACACACACAAAUUUAUACGAAACGAAAGAAAAUAAGAAAAUAAAAACAUGCAUGCGCAUAUAUAGACGACAGACAAACAAACAUACCUACACACAUAUCUAUCAUAUAUGCACGACUCGCUCGCAGCUAUAUAGAUGAAACAUGCUCAGCCAAAUGAGCAGACAGCUUGGCCAAAUAUAUUUCGAUUAAAAUAUAAAUGAAAUUAAGCUGGACACAGCACUGACACGAAAACUAAAUGGCGUGCCAACUGCUUGAGUGAGUGAAAAAUUUGUAUUGUCUGCCAAUAACAGAUGACAACGGCAGCAACAGCAACAGCAGCAACAGCAACAGCAGCUGCAGCUGCAGCCAACAGGUUGCCAACUAGAAACUAAACACAUUCGCCCGCAGACGGCGGCAGAUCCAAGAAAAGCGCUAAGAAAAACACUUGCGAAAAUUAGCAGCAGCAACAGUCGCAGCCGCUGCUGCCGCGGCAUCGGCGUCAGCGUCAACGUCGGCGUCGGCAUCGCCAUCGGCCGUGUCAAGCUAUAAAUAGUGCGCACUGUGCGCGUGACAGCUGGUGGGACAGAGACGGUGACGUCAUUUGCCUGGAUGGACGCUGUGCUCUGCGGCGACGUCAUCAAAUCAAACAGCUUAGCAGCUAAUUUGCAGCAACAACAACAACAACAACAACACGCUGCUGGCCAAAGCCAAUAAACACAUCAUAGACAAGACAUUAUCAGAUGCUCUCAGCGUGCGGGCCACAAAAUGUGCGAAACCAAAACGAAUUGAUAAGAUCAGCUAAAUAUAUAUAGACUAUUUAUAUAUAUACAUACCUAUAUAUAUAUAAUAACAAUAUGCAUAGAGUAAACACACGAAGAGCCAUGAGAAUCGCACGAAAGCACAGCAAGAAAAAAGAACGAAAAGCGGAACAAAAACAAAAUUUGUCAAAAUAGCAAGUGAAAUGCUUACAAGCUGCUGAGCCUCAGUCGAAAUUCAUCGUCGAUCGGCGUCGUUGAAUGCCUCGCGCUGCUGCGAGCGUCUUUUCUAGCCUCUCUGCGCGCGUGUGUGUGUGUGUGUGUGCGUGUGUGUGUUUAUGUGCGUGUAUGUAGAUGUAGUGCUGUGCGGUUGAAUACAUAUAUGCCCAUACAUAAAAAUAAAAAUAUUUAAAAAAUAUAUAUAUAUAUAUAAUAUAUAUAUUUAAUGCGAUAUCUGGCGCUAUACGCGCGUAAAAAGUGGCAAACGAACGCCUCUCCUCCACGCUGGCUAAAUCGACUUAAACGAGCUACGAGAAACGCGACACAUCAACAACUAAGUAACAAGUAAUAAAUAAACUAACCGAAAAGCAAAAAGAAACAAAUCAACAAGAGCUGAACAAGAAGAGCAAGAAAAACUUAAACGAACGCAAAUUGAUUUUUGCUGCAAACAAAUACACAAAUAUAUAAGUCAAUAAAUACGUGUCAUAAAUCAUCACGAAUAAUUUGUGCUAAAUCCGUUUCAAAACUUAAAAUGUCAACCAUAAAUUCAAGCAGAGGAUUUCAUUUAACACAAUUGCAGCUGCUCUAAACGUUAUUGCCAGCAUGCAACGCACUAAAUGACAACACGAUCCCAAAAAGUUCGAACUCGUUUUGUGAUAAACCCAAGUUGAAUCAAGUACGCGCCAAUUAUAGUUUAACAUAAUUUCUUCUUCUAUCUAUAUUUAUACAUAUAUAUUUAUAGUAUAAAUACUUAAUUACUAUACGUAACUCUUUUUAGUUUACUGAGACUUUGAGACAGAACAAAACACAACAUUAUAAAAGACAAAUUGACGACACACUGCACUAACUAGAAGAAGAAGAAGGAGAAGAAGCAGGACAACAAUAAUAAGCAAAUAACACAAAAAGACAAGUCCGACCCUCUCGAACCGCUAGUAGUUAACCACGUUUAGUUAAGCGCUUUAUGAACUUUGUUAGCCUUAUAGUGUUAAGGACUUAGCCCGAGUGCGCUCUGAUCAGAUUCAUAGCGUGUUGCCAUCAUGUCACAUGGCGACAUUGAGGAAUGUACGUAAUAUAUCCCGCCGAUGAGCUCAUCUUAAUGACCUAUGGUUUCUAUGCACCACGUGUGAAACCGCGUCCCACACUCGACUGCCUGCGUGAACCGCUCAUACCCAUCGAGGUCCCAGCGAGAUCAGCGAGACCCGUCGGCAUCUUGGCCAACAGUGCAGCCAACGCCAGUUCCAGCUUCAGCCAUCACAACUUUAUUGGCGCCGCCGCCACCAGCUACACAAACGACUCGACGCGACCCACCGAGUGGUUAGCGGCCGCCGUACAAGCGCCCAAUCCGUCACGCAUUCCCACAGCACCGCCCAACUCGCCGCACCGCCAGCCACCUAGUGUUAACUUUUUUAGCUUUGAGCAGGAGACGCCGUUGCAGCAGCAGCCAGAGCCAGAGCCGGAGCCGAAGCCGCAGCCAGAGCCGCCAAUAUUGCCAAUUGGUGUGCAAUCAACGCAGACACAGAGCCUGCCGCCGACGCCGACGCGACGCACCUCACGCGCCUCGCUAACCCACUCGAAUCACAAUUCCGGUGGUGGCAGCAAACGCUCGAGCGUGCGCAGCAAUCGUUCACAGGCGCCGUUGACGCCGCUGCUGCCACAUCAGCGACCGCUGAGCACGUCCAUGUAUAAUGACGCCAGCAUGCAAGGAGGCGGCAAUCCCAGUGCAUCUGGACGUGCACCAUUCCAACGCAGCAGCGCCUACGACGAGGACUCACGUCUGAUUGACUAUGGAGCUGCAGGCGCUGCAGCGGGCGGGGCAGGCGGCGCAGUCGGAGCGACUGGCGCUCUGGUUGAUGCCCGUUCGCGCAGUCCCAGCAUCUUCCUGGAGCCACCCUCACCAGAUCCCACGCACGCACACUUCGGCCCCGGCUGGGGUCGACCCAUGUCGCCCAUGGACCUGCCACCAGAGUGCUCCAGCAGCAGCCUGGCCAGCAAAUCGCCAACGAGCAGCAAAUCUCGUUUGCGGCCCAAGCUCCACAUACCAUUGGGUCGACUGGGUCGCUCCACUUCCUCGGAUACGCGCGAGAGCAAUCGCCUGCGCGAAGAUGUUCAUGUGCAUGUCGAGAAUCCGGUCUUCAGCAGCGAGAAUCUGCGCCAGAACAACUUCGAUGCAUUCUUCGAGGCACGCGAGCCGGUCAUCAAGCUGCAGCCGCGCAGCCCGAACGCAGCGUCGCCGGACGGACGCGGCUACUCGCCCCCCCUGGAGAGAUAUGCGGGUGUCUAUGACUCACCGCGUACGCGCACUCCGGCUGGCAGUGCGGCCGGCGGGGGCGGGGGUCUGUUUGCGCGCUCACCGCGGGAGGAUCGGGAGCGUGCGCUCAAUGCGCGCUCCCGCAGCGCAGACAAUUGGGAUGAGGCGGCUGGCGGUGCGGCGGGCGGGGCGACCGGCGGGGCCGGCAGCAGCAGUGCCGGUGCUGGUGGUCGGGCUGGUGGCGGCGCGCACUCCAAAGAUUCUUUGGGAAAAUCUUCAAGUGGUCGAAGAAAUCGUAGUUUCUUCGGGUGGAGGGGACCACACGGUGGUUCCCUUAGCCCACAGGGCAGCAUGGCGUCCUAUAAUGGCAUACUCAAGGACUACAGUCACAGCAGCUUGAAUGAGGCUUUCAAAUCCCAGAACAAUGUCAACUUUAAGUUAAUUAAAACAGUAUCCGAUUUCAACGAAUCACUCUCCCAAUUGUAUGAGGAACAUGCAACUGCCCUUCAGACUCUAGUAUCCAAUUAUCGCAAAAAGAAUGCCGAGCUGCGCAAGGAGAGACCCGCCUGCCAUCUGGCCAUCUUUCAGGCAUGGGAAACAUUCCUGCAGGAAACGGAAACCGACUCGCAGGCCUGCAACGAUGUUGCCAGCGUCCUCAGCCGCCAGGUAUCUCGGCCCAUGCUGGAUAAAUCCUUUCAUCGCAAAGUUCAAAGUCGCAAAAUCUUUACGCACAGGGAGUCUUUUGAGACUAUAAUCGCCAAGACUGAAGAGAAGCUGUCAAAGUGUCGCCUGGACUACAAGCAAUGCCAUCUGGCACAUAGGCAAAACCCCAGCCAGCACUCGCUGACCGAAUAUAUCGAUGCGCACAAUGCGUACGUGCAGCAGUUGCAUGCUACCAAUGGCAUGCUGGAGGCCUACCAUUGCGACACAUUGCCCCAAUUGAUGCAGGAGCUGGAGGAGAUACACAACGACCUAUGCAACAUUGUUUCCGAUUCGUUGCAACAGGGCGCCGAUGUAAUUGCCGCCAAGGCCACGGACCAGUCGCGGCGCUACGGCUGCCUGGCCAGCCAGUGCAGCGCCGUCCAGCCACAGCAGGAUCUGCUGAACUUUGUCCGCCUGCUGGCGCAGCCAUCGCAGGCUCAGAAGGUGCCACGACGCGUCUUUGCCCCACCUCAAGCACAGCAGCCGGGCGAACCGGCCGACGAGGCAGCUGACUACAAUGAGAUGACGCCAAUUUUGCGCAACGAGCUCGUCUUUGACCGGCACUCGACGCUGUCGCAGCGCUCGGCGCUGGAGUCGCUUAAGCGUGAGUCCAUUGAAUUGGAAUUGCAAAUACGUCAGCUGCAGGACUCCAUCGAUGCGCUGAAUCGCACACAAAUGCGCGGCAUUGAGGGUCAGCUGUACAACAAGGUUAACGAGCUGCAGGAGGAUUUAUCCAUGAAGAAAUUCGAUUUGCGCGCCAAGCAAAUACACCUGGCUGCCAUACGAGCACAGAAGGAGUUAUUCGUUAGCAAAGUUGAGCCAACUUCGCCGCGCAACGAACGCAAAUUCUCGGCCGCCACAGCGCCAUCGAUGAAAACAAAGUGGCUGAAAGCAUUUAAGAGCCUAAAGCCGGUGGGUUCUGGUUCAGCAACACAAGCAGAUAGCCAACAACCCCGACAAAAUCAAAUGUACCACGCCGUAUCAACCGUUUUGACCUUGAGGCGUAAUGGUGCCUCGAAUGCCCCAUCGGAAGCGCUGCGCCCCAAUUUGGAUGGCAGCCACCAUCUGCAGGAGUACACAUACAAAAAGAUAACAGCUUGCGAUGUUUGCUCGCAAAUUUUGAGAGGCCACACUCGUCAGGGCCUGCGCUGUCGCAUUUGCAAGCUGAACGCCCAUGGAGACUGUGCUCCGAAUUUGCCGCGCUGCCAGCCCAAGCAGAAGCUGCUGCGUCGCCAGAAGAGCACCUCCGAGCUGGAGAAUCGCGUCGACAUCGAGGAAGAAACCGCCGAAAAAUCCGUCCACGUGCCGGGCAAAACGCUGGACGUGAGCGCCGCUGGAACGGGAGUCGGAGUCGGAGCCGGAGCCGGAGUCGGAGUCGGAGUCGCUGCACCCAGCGCCGUCUCACAGCCGCUGCAACAGCUGCAGCCGGGCCUAGUCGAGCGUACGAUGCCCGUCCCCGAGAUACCCAUCGUCAAUGUGCCGGAGUCGUUGGCCCAGGAGACGCACCAGCCAUCGGCCCAUCAGCUGCAUCAGAGCCAUCAGCGCAGCCUGGCAUCGGUGGCGCAGGCGGCGGCGGUGCGGGCCGGCCGCGGUGUGCGCCCACCGCCCGUGGCCAUGCCCAUUUUGGGCGUGCAGCUGCAACAACAGGAGCUGCAGCAGCAGCGCGGCGGCCUGCCGGUGCCCACACAAGAUAUCUCUAGUAGUUCAGCACCGCACUCUCCGCGCCGCCAAAAGCUGAAUUUGCGCAUGAAAUCGUUGAGCUUGGACUCACCCGAAUCGUCGGAGCUGCACGGUCAGUUUAGGCGACGCCAACAGCAUUUGCCCGCCGCGGCAGCUGCGUCCACAUCCAGCGGUUACUAUCACGGCGGCUCGGGAGGCCAUCUGGAGCACAGUACUCCGCCGUCGAACAACAGCCGGCUGCACUCGCCAUCGAGCCCCUCGCAUCCGGGCCGCAAGCUGUUGUAUGCCACGCGUGGCAUGCGCGGCGGCAGCGUCGAUUUGCCCGACGAAAUGGAGAAGUCACAGUCCUCGGCCAGCACAUCGCCUUGCCUAUCACCCAAAUCGCAUCGCCUCUUGCCCACCAAUUUGUACGUAAUACUCUACAACUUUAAGGCGCGGCAUGCCGAUGAGCUGGAUCUCAAAGCGGGCUAUAAGGUGACGGUCAUCGAUACCGCCGAUCCGGAUUGGUGGAAGGGCAAAGUGCUGGGACGCGUCGGCUUCUUUCCAUCGAAGUACUGUGUGCGUCUCAAUGCCAACGAGAAGCCAUUACAGGUGACACACAAUCUGCAGGUGUCGGAUGGCGAGCGCGGCGAGAAUAUGACCCUGUUAAGAGACCAAAUUGUUAUACAGACUGGCGAUGAGGUCAACGGCAUGGUCAUGGUGCGCUCGGCGGACAAUCGUCAGGGCUAUUGUCCCAUCAAGUACCUGCAGGAGGUGUGACAGCCAGAAGAGGAAGAGCCGCCUGCAAAAUCAUCAAUGCAAACGUCGCGCGCCGCAGCCGCAGCCGCAGCCGGCGCCGGCGACAAGACCAAGCGUAGAAUUAGAAUCGUAGUUACCGAUAAUAACAAUUUAGCUAGUAGCAGUAGCUCUAUGCCCAUCACCCAUGCACAAUCACAAUCACAGACGCAAUCACAAACGCAAUCACAGACGCAGACGCAGACGCAGACGUCGCCCAGCCGGGAGAAGAAGCGCCUGAACAUCGAGUACAGCGAUGCGGAUGGCGGGCUCAUCUGGGACAAGGACAAGGAUGUGCUGAUACUGUCGGGCCGCAACAAGAACGACAAGAACUGGGAGAACUGGGAGCGCAUACGCGAACAGAAGCUGGAGAAGAUGAAGAACAUCUGCUUCGAGAGCUAUCGCCAGUCGAAGCGGGACAAGCUGCUGCUGGCCAAGCCGAAGCCCAAGCAGCUGGACCCCACCUGGUACACGGAUAACAUCUACUCGAAUCGCUCGGACGAUCUGGACGAGGACUAUGUGCCCGACUGCCUCAAGUACGGCAGCUACAGCAAUCGCAUUCUGCGCGACAUACGCGAACAGGACGAGAAGUAUGCGGAGGAUGCGCUGCCGAUGCGCGAGCGCCGUGGCGAGGGCGAAGGCUCGCCGGGCUACGGACUGCAGCGCUCGAAGAGCUGCAAGGAAUUCCAAUAUCCAAAGUCGCAGAGCUGCUGCUUCGAGGGCAACGUGUUCGAGGCGGGCGGCACAGGCGGCACGGGCAGCUCAGGCGCCACGGCCACCACAUCCAUACUGAAGAAUCGCGCUGGAGUGCCCAAAUCGUACUCGUUUAGCGCCUCCACGAAGACCAUGCCCUUCGACAUCAUCGACUACGAGCUGCCGCCCGCCUCGAACACGCGCCGGGAGAAGCGCGAGGCGUACAGACGCAGCAUGAAUAUGCUGUAUAGCAACAGCCUGGACGAGCGGACGCUGGCGCACAGCUGCUGUGCGCGGGAGCAGUGCACCAGUGCCAAGUGCUUGCUGGACGAUAUCUAUGCUGGCUCCAGGCGGCGGCUGGAUGCCUACGGCGCUGGCAGCAACAGGAAUCUGAAUUUGAAUCUCAAUUUGAAUCGCAACCUGCGCUCGCCCGACGAUUGGCUGUUCGACGAGCGCGCCGAGGCGGCAGCCGCGGCGGCGGCAGCAGCAGAUCAUCAUCAUCAUCAGCAGCAGCAACGGCUGGGCCGGGGCCAGCGGCUGCCAAUGGCUGCACAGGCAACGGCAGCCGGCACGACCGUGAUCUGCUGCUGUGCGACAGAGGACUAUUGCUGCCAUCGCCAGGCACAGCAGCGGGCGGCAAGGCGGCCCCACUGUCCGGGCCAUCAUCCGGCCGCCGAAGAGGAGGAGCAUAUGCAUUGCCGCUACGACACCGACCUGGAGCAGUUCAUACGCGCCGAGCGUGAGCGCCUGCUGCUGCAGGACAAGUUCCUCGACGAGGACGAACGCUACUUGGCCCAGAGCCACAUGGCCAGUCCAGGCAGGCGCUACGCCCACUAUACACGGCCCACGCGCAGCAAAUCCCUGCUGGAGGUGCAGCCGCCCAGUUUGUUUGAUGAGGACAGCUGCUCGGAUACGACCGAGAUCGAUCUGGAGGACUUCAACAUCGACCUGGAGAAGUACUGGGAGCAGCUGGACAAGCCGCCCAGCCCCAUCAACAUGGACAUGCGACGCAACAUGCACAGCAAUCUGAAGGUGAAGAACGUGAACGUGCGCUGCUACAACAACGGGCAGCCCAUCGAUAUGCACGACCGGGAGCACGAGCGGCUGAUGAUCAAGAAGUCGCUGCUGGAGGGCAUGCCGUCGCCGCCGCAGCUCGACUCGAGCGGCUCCUCGAACAAUGCGACGGGCUUUAGUUUUUUUGAGAAUCCCGCUGGUUCGCUGCACCACCACCACCACCAACAACAACAACAACAACAACAACAGCACCACCCCCACCAGCCGCGGCACCAUGGCAUUGCAGCGCCACCAGCACCAGCCUACGGUGGGUACGGCCACAAGGUCUACCCGACUGCCGAUACCCUGCCCACGUAUCAGUACAACAACUUCUAUCCGGAGCACACGACGCUGGGCAGCGUGCUCACCCAGCAGCCGACGGCGGGCGUCCACCAUGCCUCGGCCGGCGGCCACUCGGCGCUGAGUCUGAUCAACAACAUCUUCUCCAUCUACAAGCCGAACAAGUACUCGCCCGAGAACUGCCAGCUGAACUACGAGAGCAAGCCGGAGCCGUGCAAAAAGAUGAACGUGCCGAGCACUCGACGACCCCUGGGCGCCGCCUCCAGCAACAUGCAGCAUGGCCACGAGUAUCUGCACUCGUCGAUGAAGCGCCCGCUGCUGGUCAGCGCCGAUCAGCCGCACUUCAAGAUCAUUCCCGAGAAGACGGGCCUGAAGAUCUCGCCGUUGCUGGCCUACGAUGAGUACGGCGGCGGCGGGAUCGGGGGAGAUAAGUCACAUCAGAGGCUGACCAGCACGGCGCGACCUCUGAUGCUUCCGCACUGAUGGUGCUGGACCUUUCCGUGGUAUGGUAAUGGUAAUUAUUGUUAGUUAUGCUCACAGCGACUGCCGAGAAUCUCCAAAAGAAAACAGAAACUGAGAACUAAACACAACUAAAGGAAAAACCAAAAAACAAAAAAAUGGAACUAACCAAAAGACUCGCUCGACAAGCAGCAAAAAUAUAAAACCAAAAUAACAAAAACCAAAAAAAAAAACAAAUAACAAAAAAUUAAAAAAAUAAACAAACUGAAAACAAACAAAAAUCCAAACGCACAAAUUGGCCCCCAGUUGAGUCCAGAGUACGUUUUUUUUUUCUUGCGACUUGGGCUCGGGCUCUCAACUAUUGUUGUAGUGGAACCUCGUCUUCGCCCCGCCUUUUCCAUUUUACAGCCAGGUCGUUAAUGUUGAGAACUUUGUGGGAUAGAGCAUUGAAGCAUCAUCACGUCGUUUGUCUGACACUCAAUUUUCACAAGCGAUAAAAACUACUAACAGCCAACAGCCAACAGCAACAACAACAACAAGAAACACCAUCACCAACAACAACAACAACUGCGCCAUACCAUUGGAAAUAAAACUGAAGUAGGAGAGCAUCAGGAAGUGAAACGUCUUCGAUACGUAGCGAAAAUUGUAAGCUUAGAAAUAAAGAGUAAUGCGUAAUGAGUAAAGAGUAGGAAGUAAGAUGUAAAGAGUUUAAACUAACUAGUCACAAGUAACAAGCACUGAAUAGGAAGUAACAACUUGCGUAUAACAAGUAACGAGUUAGAUAUAACGAGUGGAAAGUGACGAGAGCAGAGAAAGUUUCUCAAUUCCAUUUGCUUUGACUUUGUUUGUCACUUCAGAAGUAACGAGAGACUUGUAACGAGUAAAGCUAAAAGUAUCCAGUUAGAAGUAACGAGUAGCAACUGCCGAGUGUAAGAAAGAGCAACUAACAAAUAACAAGUUAAAAGUAGCGAGUAAAGUUUGCAAGUAACGAGCUAUAAAUAAUCGAAAACAGUUAACGAGUAAAUAGUUAUGAGUAAAAGGUAUCGAUUAACAAGAAGUAACGAACCACGAGAUCUAAGUAAAAGGCAACUAGUAACACAUAACGUGAAUUUUCGAACGAGUAGCUAGGCAAGAGCAAUAAGUAAAACGCAACAACUAACGACUUAGUGCGAAAACUUCUAACGAGUAGGCGUUACUUACAUCACGAGGCAGCUAACGAGUAGAGCAACAAGUAGAGCAACAAGUGACGAUUGUGAAGUGACUAGUAGCGAGUAACAACUAACGACUAAUAAGUAACAAGUAACUAACGAGUAACAUUUAAGAAGUAACUAGCGAGAAGUAACGAGUAACAAGUAACGAGUAGUUUUUUUUUAAGUUUCUUUAAUGAAACCGGAUUAAGAAAGAGCUGUCACAGCAGCUUAGCUUUGACUUUGACAAACGCAGAAACACAUAUAAAUACACAUACUCACACACUCACACACACACACAUAGACACAAACAAAUGUGCUUUUAAAUCGCUUGAGAAAUCGCCGCAUCUAGUUAAUAUAGAAUAAGCAUGCAUGCUAUGUGUAUGUUAACACUAAUUUUUCGAGCAACUUUUAAGCAAUCAGCAGCGUAUACUAUAUAUAUAUGAACAUAUAUAUAUAUAUAGAAAGAAAGAGUACUUCUAGGCUAGGCUUAAGUCAUUCAUAUCCGUGUUUCACAUUGUAUUUAGUGUUGAAAGCGACAGCAUCUUGUAUACCCUGUAAUACAACCUUGUAGCAGCUAAGCAGAUUUUAUUACUACAAACUAUUUGAAGAUGAAAAAAAAAAAAAAAAAACAAAAACAAAACGGAAAACAAAAGGAAAACAAAAACCAAAAAAUUAUUUGAGACAAAAUGUUUUUAUUGCCACAAAAUUUUUCUAUUUUUUAUACCAAACAACUUUAAAUGCAGAAACUAAACAAACAAGAAAAAAUAUGGAGUAAAACCUACUUAGAAGCGGAAGUAACGAGAGGGAGAGAGAGAUAGAAGGAGAAGUUAUUUGAUUAGUGGAAUAUUUAUAAGGCUUGACUCUAUAAGUUGCGGCUUCUAGGCACUGACAGAACUUUAGUCUUAUACAAGAUACAAACACACACACAUAUGCAUACAUGCAGACAGUUAUGUAUGUGUGCGUGCGCUUUUUAUAACAUCCACUAGAGAUUGUAUAAUGUACAUAAGAUGUUUACUAAACUUAGUAUUUAUAAAUGAUAUAGUAUAUGUAUGUAUGAUUGUACUUUUAUGAUGUAUGCGUAUCCACUGGCCUUAUUUAUAUUGACAAAGUAACAAAGCAAAACGAAACACAAGCUGAAUUCACAAACACACACAGACAGAGAGACACCACUCACAGAAACACACACACACACAAACUUAUGCACUUAAUAUAUGAAUUUAUUUGCGUAUAACUUUUGAGCGCACCUGAGAAUUAAUUGUAUUGAUUCCAAAUAUAUAUUUCUAAGGCUUUGAUUUCUGUUUUUUGUUAAUUAUUUUGGCGUCCAAUUUUACACUGAACAUAAGUAUUAAAUAAAUAAAUAAAUAUAUAUAUAGGCGCUAGUGAACGAGUUAAGCAUAGCGAGUAAAAUUGUACACGAGCCUCAACUAAGCGAGCUGCGUAUUUUGUAGUCUAUAAGAAAAGCUAAACAAAAACUAAAAGAAAAACAAACAACUGUUUUAGCACUCAACAAAAUAUGUGCAUUAAAAUUUUGAAUUUAAAAUUUUUAGAUUUUUCAAGAUUUUUCGAACUAAGACAAGAGCAGGAACUAGAGAGAAACAUUUUCUUAGGCAUCGUUUUUUCUAACCACAUUGUUGUUGACGUACUUACACACAUAUUAUUCUAAGUGUACCCCUAUGGCCUACUUUAGUCGUUAAGGAGAAAAACAAAAGCAAAAAAAUACUAAAACAAUUUGCUGCACCAACACACAUUGAGCACCCAUUUAUCUAUAGCAGAUAUUUAGGUAUAUAUAAAUAUAUAUAUAUAUAUAUAUAUAUGUAUAUGAUUAGUCAGAUAUGAUCAGUUUCUAGGCUUUAAGACAAAUGUAAAAUGAACGAAGUCGAUGAACAUGAAAAACGCCCAAAUCUUAUGAGUAUGUAAUUUAAACACAAAAUAGAAAAUGCAAAACAAAUGUAAACAAAUAUGUAAAAGCAAAGAAAGUAAAAAACGAGUUACGUGAAAUGCUGAAAUUGGCAAUUAAGUAAAAGUAGAACUUAAAUAUAACUAAAACGAACAUUUAACUAUAAUAAUAAUAUAAUAAUAGCAGCUCAGCUGAUAAACAAUUUGAAGCUUCAUUUUGUUUAUUUAGUGUAUAAAUAUUGUUAGAGAAAUGUCAGAAAAUCAUUAUGAAUCGAGAAUCGAUGUAUGUUAAUGCUAAUCCGUAAACAGUUUAGAGUAUUUGCUAAAGGAACGUGCGCACGUACCCCCCGCAACAUCCCCACAAAAAAGACCGCAAGGAGCAUAGAACUAUUUGUAGCAAAUAUAAAGAAGGCAAAUUUUAUACAUAUACAUAUAUGUGUAUGUAUGCAUUGUGUGUAAGGCAAUCCGGCAAAGAUAUCAGUGCAACUAACAUAUAUAUCAACUGGAGCAACAGAAAACAUAAAACAAAAGCGAAAAACGAAAACUAAGCAAAUCCAUUUAACAAUUAAAAUAAAAAAAAAAACA